GCCCUAUUGUGAAGAAUUCAUGGAAUUUUGCCUUGAAAAUUUUGAAGUGGGAAUAUGGUCUUCUGCAAGGGAAUGGAAUCUUGACAGUGCCUUGGACUCUAUAAUGAAAGGUUUGAAAAGCAAGCUUGUUUUUGCUUGGGACCAAGAUGAAUGCACUGAUUCUGGGUUUAAGACAUUGGAGAACAAGAGAAAGCCCGUCUUUUUGAAAGAGUUAAAGAAGCUGGAGAAGCUCAGAAUUCAAUAUUCUGCAACAAACACGUUGCUCAUUGAUGGCAAUCCAUACAAGGCCUUGCUAAACCCUCCUUAUACAGCAAUAUUUCCCAACGAGUACGAGACUGACCAAGUUGGUGAAGAUUCUUUAGGUCCUAGAGGUGAUCUUCGUCUGUACUUGGAAGGACUGUCGGAUGCAGAUGAUGUUCCUUCUUAUGUGAAAGAUCAUCCUUUUGGGCAGCCUGCAAUAACCCCUACUCACUCUGAUUGGGAUUUCUAUUCCGAAAUUAUUCGCCAUUUACAGGAGGAUUGAGCUAGCUACCUUAAAGAUCAUAAGCAAAUAUGUUUCAUUCCCAUCGUGCUGCCUUAGGAAAAAAGUCUUAUCUCUCUUUUUUAUGUUGA